CGAGCGCUUUGUUUUUCAGUUUGUCGAUUCGAAAGUUUGAAUUUAUCAUAUUUUGAUUUCGCUUCACGCGGUAUUUAUGUUAUUUAUUAAAGUAGUUAAUUAGUGUUUUGUAAAUAUGAGGAGAACUUAUAGGUCUAAGAAAGACACUGGUAGUGUUUUAGACCGAAGAGAUUUAUUACAGAACUUAGACGAGAAGAGCUCAGCUUAUGAUGCCUUUUUCAUUCAAAAUAUUAAACAAACUAAGCGGGAACUUUCUUGUAUUGGGUCUUCUAAUGCUUAUGGAGUGGCUUCUAACCGUGUUCGUAAGAAGAAAUUAGUAAAAAGGAUAGUAAAAGAGCCACGAACUCCAUGUCGGGAAAGUUUGUCUCGGUCGACGUAUCUGACACCAGAUAAAUCCAUACGUGUGAACAAACCUCUGGAUCCCUUCGAUAUGUUGUUGAAUUCAUCUCCAGCUUGUUUAGCUGAAGCUCCUAAAUGUAAGACUGAGUCGGUAACGACAAAGGUGGAUCUCUUUGAUCAAGUUGCGCGAAAAAAGGAAGGUAAAACUUAUACCAGAAAAAGACCUGUAAAACCUAAAAAGGUUAAUUAUUCAAGUUCCGAGGAUAGCGAUUCUGAUAAAGAAAACUCUGACGAUAAAAUAAAUUUGACAAGAAACACUUCAGAUAUAAAUGCUUACAAACUUAUUAUAGAACAAGAAGCAAAUCCCACACCUAAAAGGUGCAAUGAUUCUAUUAAUAAUAUAGUUAAUAACUUAUCUCUACUAAAUAAGUUAAAGAAUAGCAAUAGCUUUAAUGAGUCUAUGACAAAACCUCUAAAUUUUUAUAAGCAUCGACUGACUAGAAACAUAAAAUCACCUAUUUUGCAAAAAUCACCGUUAUGCAGUACUCCAUUCAAAGUGAAAUAUAGAGGUGACUCUAUCUUUAAAUUCUCACCUAUUUCUGUGUCUAAUGAUGACAAUAGUCCAAAAUAUACAACUAUAACAGAGGAUAAUGAUAAUUCAAAUAAUAGUAUUAUACUUAUGCCUCAUAGUAAAACUAAAAGUUUUAAAAGCCCCAUAGAAAAUGAAAUAAUCACUCAAGAAGACUCAGUUCCUGAUAGUAAUGUUAGUAUUGAUAUUAAUAAUGAAAUAGUUACUCCAGUAAUUAAAACUAGCACAAAUAAUAUAGUGGAAGAUGUGUCAGAUGAGAAUAAAGGUAUACAUAAAGAGGAAAAGUCUAGAUUGAUUAGUGAAAAUAAAACAAUAUCUAGUGUUGAGAUUAGUUCUUUUCAAACUACUGAAGUUGAACCCUUUCUGGGCUUUUCCAAUGACCCUAAUAUCAGCAAAGAUAUUAAAGAAAAUAUCUUAGAUUUAGAUAAAACAGAAGAUAAUGAGGAUGUUACUGAAAUUGAAGAAAGAGAGCAAAGUGAAUUAGAUGGUGAUGAUGUUAAUGAUUUAAUAGAUGAUGAUAAUGGAUCACAGGAUUUGGAUAACAAUGACAGAGAUUCUUUGUAUGACACUUGUCCAAGUGAUCAAAGUUCGAUUGAUGAAAAUGUUAUCAAAGAGCCUAUUGUAAGGCUUCAGAGGAUGAAUGAUUCUUCAUUCUUUAGGUAUUAUGAAAAUAUGAAAAUGUUUAACUCUGAAGCUGACAAUACCAAAGAAAGUUUCAGAGUGGAAACUGAUGAUGAAGAAAAUAUUGUUGAGAAUGAUGCAAGUCAAGAUGAGGUGCUUUCUCAAGAAGACGAAUUUGUAAGUUUUGGUGAUAGUAAUAAUUCACAGGAACAAAUAUCUGAAUGUGGUUCAGUUGCUGAAGCUACUGAAAGUAAUAAAGAUUUCCAACAUGAGGCUAAUAACUUUAUUGAUAUUGUUUCCUCUAAUGAUGAGGAUGGCGAAGCAAAUGAAGAAGAAAAAUGCAUUAGUUUUGUUACAACAAGAAGAAGAAAUGAAAUCACGAAUAAUUCAAUGAUUUCUAUCUUUAAUGAUUCAUAUGCUUCCUCUAGCUCUGAUUGUAAUAAAACUGUUCUGAGUAAUAAUAGACUUACAGUUAAUGAAAUUAAUAAAGAAACCAAUGCCAAUGAUUCCUUAUUGAAAUUAAAUGAAAGAGGUAAUAAUGAAGAAGUAAGAAAACAUGUUGAUGGUCACAAUGAAACCCUCUCAGACAAUUAUGUGCUAGAGAAAAAGGAAGAUGAUGGGAUAUCAUUUGUCACUACAAGGAUGAGUACAGUUACUGAUAGAAAAAGUGCAUUAAGAAAUCGAAAGAGUUCUAUAAAGCCUAAAAGAAAUACAGACAGAAAGACUUCUCAUUUACCUAGAGAAAGUAUGAAACACAGUCCAGAUCAUUCUAGAAAAACAUAUUUUGAGAAACCAGGGAUAGUUCUUCAGCCUGGAAAGAAAUGGGAGAGGUCUUUAAGCAUUUAUAGAAGAAUUACUAUGAUGACUGAUCAUUUUGACCAAUCUAUUCUUGAAGAUGAAUGUAUUGAGAAAAAGGGAAGGAGAUACCGCCAAAGUGUGAUCAGUACUAUGGAAAUGCAAGAUUUAAACUGUUCCCUACAUAAUGAAUCAAUUAAUAGUCGCAGAAGUACAUUUGUUUCUAAACCAAGUCGAUCUGCAAUUCGAAUAGUGAAAGACCCAGAUAAUUCAAGACUUAGUCUUUGUAACACUACAGUAUUCGAUGACCUGAAAGGUUUUUUGAACGAGGAGUGUGAUGAUACUAUUAUCGAAUUAUCCAAACUCUCGAUUGCUGAUCAGUCCCACGAGGUCACUGUUCUAGACAACUUCCAUGAUACUUCGAGCCGUAUAACUACAGCAAGGGAUUACGUGUUGCGUCGAUGCAAUCAAACGGACGCGAUACUCUUUGAUGAAUGUUAUCCAGACGCGGCUUUGAAAAAUUGCCACAAAAUCGGCGAAGGAGUGUACGGCGAAGUGUUUCUGUGGCGAGACAGAGAUGGCCGAGCUCGUGUACUGAAGAUCGUCCCUAUUGCCGGCACGCUCAAGGUCAAUGGAGAGAGUCAGAAGGACUUCCACGAGAUCAUAUCUGAGAUUGUGAUUGCUAUGGAAUUGAGCGCACUACGCGCUCCCAUAGCUGAAAUUAAUCGCCACUUUGAUGAGGGGAAGGACGUUGAGGCGCUGGACUUGCACUCUAUAGAGAAUGCCACUGAUAUCUUUAAUGAGGUUCUAGCUGUGAGAUGUGUUUACGGCAGCUACCCAGCUCGCUUGCUUGAUUUGUGGGAUCUGUAUGACGAGUGCAAAGGCUCUGAGAACGACAACCCUGCUAUACUGCCGGUAGACCAGCAGUUCAUUGUGCUGGAACUAGCUAACGCGGGUCAAGAUUUGGAGAGCUACCAGUUCAACAACGCUGAACAGGCGUAUGCCUUGUUCCUUCAGGUUGCGUAUGGUCUGGCGGUUGCGGAGGAAGCCUUUCAGUUUGAGCAUAGAGAUUUGCACUGGGGUAACGUGCUGAUUGCUCCCACAGAACAGAAGUACGCAACGUUUGUGCUGCGCGGUCGGUCUCACCGAGUGGCGCGGUGCGGGGUGGCGGCGACCAUCAUCGACUACUCUCUGUCGCGCGUGUCCCUGCCGCUGGCGGGCGGCGACUGUGCAGCGCUCUACAACGACCUGGCCACCGACGAGUCGCUCUUUGAGGCCGUCGGCGACUACCAGUUCCAGGUGUACCGCCUCAUGAGAGAGAAGUUGGGAAAUGAUUGGAAGAACUUCGCGCCUUACACAAACAUCCUGUGGCUGCAUUACACUGUGGAUAAAAUGAUAACGGCCCUCCGCUACAAGAGGACAAAUACUAAAAUUCAUAAGCACUACAUUGACAAACUGAAGGGGAUCCAGAGCAGAAUACUAGACUACGGUAGCGCGGCCUUAUUUGUGCUAACUGACAACGAAAUAUAAAAACGAACAAAUUAUGAUAAUAUACAAAACAAUUUCAUAUGUAAAUUAAUACAAACUAGUCUUAACAAUGGA